AUGAAAGAGGAUGGUUUAAUAGAGAUUAAACCAGAAAACAUUCUUGUAGAGAAUAAAAGUCCUCUUGUAAUAUUCUUAAUCACGGAUUUUGGAAUGAGUAGCAAAAUAAGCUCAAAUCUAAAUGAUAAAAAGACUCCCUAUUAUUUUGUAAGUGUACCGGGGUUUGGCAUAUUAAACCAUAAAAUGAAUCCGCAAAUGGGACAGGAAAUACCUGUUGCAACCUGUGAAGUUAAUUUUGAAAGAAAUAUUGAUGGAGAGGCGAUAAAGGACAGGGAUAAACCAAUAAUUAACUAA